AGUGUCUAAGUUGACCAGCAGUACCACGGUAGCGACAAGAGAGAGUCUCUCUGGUAACAAGCUCGCGCUGUAAUAUUUAUUAAUUAUUAUCUUUUGCAAACAAAGGUCAAUGUUUAUUAUUAAAAAUAGAUAAUAAUUCAUUAAGGCUGGUAAAGUGUUAGUUCUACCCAUAAAUUAUUAUGUGAUCGUUGACAAAAAUUAUCGGCUAACAAGGUGAAAGAUGGUAAAAGCGAUUUUAAAUAAGUCGUCUUUGAAAUAUAAACAAUUAUUUAGUGAAAUUAGCUUUCCAUGUAUAAUAACAGUGUGGUAAUUUUUAAGUGAUAAUUGUUUAAACAAUGAUAACUAGGUGGACUGCGUUAGAUGUAUGGAUAUUUUUUAUACUACUGAUUGCAAGCACCUCUGGAAGACCACAAAAACAACCCAGGCAUAUUGGCCCUCCUACAAACAACGAAUGCGAGGAAUAUAUCAACCGAACACAACCAAGAAUUCUAACUCAUCCACCCAAAGGAGAUUUCUACGGACGAGAACAAGAAAUAAUCUUCCCAGAUACGAUAGCCGAUCGUAUUGACGUACCUUCAAGGAUCAAUGUUCCAAAAUGUUCUGGGGCGCUUCCUUAUUGCGAAGAAUCGGAAACUUAUCCGUAUUCGCAUAUCAAAAGAAUUUUGCAGCAGAAUCAUAUGUUGAAGUCAGUUUUCGGACAAGAUGAAUCACCUCCCUCGAUAACCAACAGACUGGGCGACGAAGAUGAAAAAUUUGUCUGCCACUCGAUCAAACAAACGAUUUUUCCAAGAGUGGGAGAAAAUAAAAACAACAAAUUGAAAUUUAUUAUAAACCAAGGAGAAAACGAUGAAGAUGGCUUCGUGCAGGGUAUUCAAGUGGAGAUUUGCAAAAAUCCAGAUGGAGACUGUGAUAUUCCAGGUGGUUCAGCUCUAGGCGACGAAUACAUAAUGACUUGUAAACAAAAGUACGUUUAUAGAAGACUAUUAACCUUGGACCAAAAAGGAGAAGCUAUUCCAGAUUCGUUUAAAAUGCCUUCAGCUUGUUGCUGUGCGUAUAAGCAAAACUUUGACUUUUUAACUCGGUUUGGUAAAGGUAUGACUCCGGCACCCAAAAAGUCUAACAAUGUGAAACAUUGACACCCACAACUUUCAGUAGGAUUAAGUUUCAUGAAUAAAUUAAUAAGAAAAAGAAAACACUCAAGUAAAUCCUCACAGAUUAAUCAGGCAUACAUAUAUUUGUUUAUGGUUAUUUUAUAUUUUUAUAAAUUCAUUUUAUUUCAAAUAAAUUUUGUAUUUCGUUUGUGAA